ACCUUGUAGUCUUUCAAUCAGUUUGGAACUCGACUUGUCUCUUGCCACGCGUGCUUGCUAAUCCCCCAUACGCCAUUUUAUGUCACAAAGAGGUGCAAAUUACAAUGACCAACUAGCCGAUGGAUAUAUAUAUAUAUAUAUAAAUCGAAAACAACAAAUAUAAAAGUAUAGUUUUAAGGUAUUUUUCAAGCAAUGGCAGGGCAGUAAACAUGGAAGCUUGUUCGGAAUCCUUCCCGCAGUCGGCCAAGUAUGACGUUUCAAUGAAAAGAGAUAAGAUCGCUUCUCAGUAAACAAUCCGCCUCCGUGGUCCACAUGCCAAAUUCUUACCAUGGUAAUAUGGCCUGGCAGUUAUAUUCACUUCUCAAAUCUCGCUCCAGUGGCGCCAGUGCGGUUAUUUUUGUAUUACACUACAGUGAAGUCCCUGCUUCUUUAUCCUGGACCAACCGGCAGUUUAGUAGCUGUUCUGGUUCUGCUAUCCAGAAGUGAAUUGGAGAAAAUAAGAGAAAAAUCAGCCCAGUAAUAUAAUAUUAUGUCUUGUAUAUAUAUGUUGGAGCGCAUACUGUUAUAUUGCUCUCUGUCUUAUAUAUCAUUUGCUAAGCAAUGCAGUUUGCGAGCACAAGGACAUAAAGACAGGACACGAACACGCCAGUAAUGAGAGAAUUGAAGACUAUAAAAGCCCGCUGUUGGACUUAUUCUACUCAUUUGAAGUUGUGCUUGGAGCGCCUUUCGCAAUAUGGAUUGCCCUGCUGACUGGUCUUACAGAAUAGAUAUUAAUGUUAAUCCGUGAAUGCAGGAUUAUAUAACCUGGACUUAAACGACAUUUAACUAGAGGCAGGGCCAUCGAAAACUAUGAGAUUAUUUCUUCCUAUACCAGAAUCUUUUAAUCUUUUCAGAUCGGAAGAUAGAUUUUAGCCUCGGAUUUUUUCUAAGUUAUUCUUUCUUUCUUCAUUAUAAUCUUGGCCUUAUUCAGCUUGAUUCCUAUAAUUUCUUUACUUUAUCGAUUCAAUUUCCAACCUAUAAUUAAAUUUACUUAACAUACUUUUCUCUUCGCUCUCAUAUUCGACCUUAACUCGGCUCCAUUUUCUGACCCAUUAGAAAAUAACUUGUCAGUACUCAGUGACAACUAAGUUCGUUGUCCAAAUUUUGCCCAAAAUGAGCCACAACCCAAACAAUAUAAUUCGGGUCAACGUUAGCGGGAGAAUUUUUGAGACAUACAAAGACACACUUCUAGCAACCGGCGGAUCAUCUAGCAAAUUUCACCAGCUUAUUCAGGAACAAUACGCGUCUAACAAUCAACCCUCAUUUCCCAAGGACGAACCCUCCAAAUUUACACCUAAUUUUGGGGGUCAACAAAGUGGUUUUCAGCAAAACGGGGGAACCCAAUUUUGUAAUAAUAACAAUACUAAUAGUGUUAUAACCACAAAUGGCUCAAGUGGGUAUAACAGUUACGCAACAACCUCAUCCUCGUCAUCUUCCCCUUCUUCAAUCGCGGCUCCCUUGGAAAAACUGGACCUCUUUUUCGAUCGCGAUCCCGAAUGUUUCGAACACAUUCUCUUUUACCUUCGGACAGCUUCCUUAGCCGGGGUCAGAGAUCUGACAACAGUCGAGAAAUUGAAGGUCGAGUCCGAGUUCUACGGCCUCGGGUCGGGCUUCCAAGAACUGCUCAAGGGCAAAGAGAGAAUCCUCAACAUGACCUUACGUGACCCCACUUCUAACAAUGUGCGCAAAGAUGUAGACAUGAAGAAGACUUAUGUAAUAAAACUGCAGAUUAUUCUAGAAAAAGUGGAGGAUUACGUCAAGUGGGAUAUUGAGAGAAACGAGAACAUAAUUCGAAUCGCAAUCGGUCAUCGCACACAAUGCUCAACCCACAUGAGAUAUCAGGUGACGGAGGGUGACACUUACAAUCUGCAGAUGACGCUGAAUGUGGUGACGAGGGUGAAUGAGACGAACGCGGACAGGCUGCAGAGACAUAUCGUCAAGAGCAUCCACUCCCAGUUCAACGCACACAAAGUGAACCUGCUCUCCCUCUCCGAAAUAACUCACUGUGCCUACUGCGAACGACUCCUUAACACAACCACCACCAACCCAUCCACAUCCAACACCACAACUCCCAAUAGUACACCUGUCCUCAACACCGCAAGUCAGGGUUCGAACCCCGCCCUCUCGGACACGUCUAAAAACAGCUCGGAGAACCAGCUGAACAACAAUCACGCCUCAGUUGUGAAUAACAAACUUCAAACGUCUAAUACUCCGACCACGCCCGCGAAAGGUUCAUUGACUAGCACAGCGACCCAAUAAUACAAUACGAUCGAGCGGUAUACUUUGACCGAAGGUUCCGACCGAUAAUCCCAACCUCAUCUAGAAAUAAUCUAAUACUCAGUUUUCAAUCUAACCCUUGCCUCCAUAAUCGCCAGAACUGGCAGUCAGAAUACCGAAGUCCAAAAUUAACUGGAAUUACUUUUUCUGAUGUUGCAUAGAAUAAUUAUCGAGUCACCAGCAAAUUUAAGCAACUUUGCUUUUG